AUGGUCCGGGUUGUGGCUCUGAUACGGCAGGCGUAUCUCCCCAAGCCAACUGAAUGCGAGGCUCAGAUUUCCUCGCCAAUCCUUCUCUUCCUGCGGUCGUUCUCAAGGAUCCUCGGGGUCUGCCGGCGGCAGUCUUCACCUGUUGCUUUUCUCCCCAAUAAUCUGCGUGUGUUUCGCUGCACCCUCUUAGCUGACACCGCCCGUCUCCUCCCCUCCCUAGCCCCCGCCGCCGCCGCUGAGCGUCGCUUGCCUCUUUCUCCCCGGAUUCCCAGCUUAGCGGCAUUUCUCCCCCUUUGCGCAUUCUGUGGCCCCCAUCCACCCAUCUCCCAGUCUUUCGCAAUCCAUGAAUAUGGGUGUUUUCUGGGGAGAAGCAAGGAGGCGGUGAAGACGGAUCUGAGCAGUGUGUGUGUGACAGAGAGAGACUGGAAAAUAUUCCCACUUCCACCUCCCUUUUCGCCGCUUCUCGUCAAAUCCCCUUUCUCCCAUUUUGCGCUCUGUUCCCCAUCCGAA